AUGAAUGAAAAUUAUUCAUUUGAAAAAGUUAUUAUUAAAGUUGAAAAAGAUGAAGAGGACUUUCAAGAGAAUCAAUCUAUUUUUAAUUGUAAAGAACAUAAUUUAGGUCAAGAUUAUCCUGUUGAUGUUGAGGAUAUUAAAAUAGAAGAACCUGGUCUUAAGUUAUCUUCACAAGCCGAACUACACUCAGAUUCGCUGGAAAAAAAUGGUAUACUGUCGACAGAUGACAUGUCGAGUACUAGUACGGAUCCAGAAUCGAGUGUUGGAUUUAAUACACUUAUUAAAAGUAGCGAACCUAUAUCCGAAAAAAUUCUGCAUAAAAGGCGACUUAAUAAAGAAAGAUGCCGCAGAUAUCGUCAGAGACAUAAGCUCUUAGUUCUUAAUCCACAUAAUUUCCAAGAAGAACUAAAAAAAUCAAAAGUCCAAAAAAAAAGAUUCAAAAAAUACGAGUGUGAUUAUUGCAAGCAUAAAUUUUUUCAUAAAAACGCUCUACUGGUUCACAUCAACAAACAUAUGACGACAAAAUACAGAUGUGAGAUCUGUUCAAAAAGUUACAUCUCAAAAGAGGGCCUGACCCUUCACACAGCUAGGCAUACAGGCGACAUGCCCUACGAGUGUGAAAUUUGUGCUUCUAAAUUCACGGUCAAAUUUACUUACGACAAUCACAUGCGAAUCCACAACGGCGAAAAGCCCUUCGCUUGUAACGUUUGUUCCUCGAAGUUCCGCGAAAAAAGCCAGCUGACCGUCCACCAGCGGAUUCACUCAGGUGACAAGCCCUACGCUUGUAACUUUUGCUCAACGAAGUUUCGUCACAGUGGCAACUUGAAGGCUCACAUUAGAACUCACACCGACGAGCGGCCUUUCAGUUGCGAUAAAUGCUCCGCAAAAUUCCGGGAUCCUUCGACGCUAAAGAGGCACAAGCAAAUUCACAGUGGAGAGAAAAAAGAAAAACGGUAUUCUUGUAAAAUUUGCUCCUGCAAACUUAGAGAUAGUUACAAUUUGAAAAUUCACUUACGCAGGCAUACUGGAGAGCGGCCUUUUGCUUGUCAAAUUUGCUUUGUGAAAUUCACUGAAAAGUGCUCGUUGAACAAACACAUGAAAAUUCAUCAGAAGAAAAUUAAGGAAGAAAAAUUGUGA